CCUAACUAGAGGACAGAAUACCAACUUAUCAUUUGAGUCAAUUUUCAGAUUAAAUUUAUUCAAUUUUAACGGAUUUUUAACAGACAUAAUUUGGCAUUUGGCGCAUCUGUCUAAUAUCUUCCUAUUUGCUGUUUUUACAAUUUACUGACACCACCGUGUAGUGCCUUUUACACGUUUAUAAACCUUGAAUUCUCACAAAACUGUUGUAAGCAGUUGCAAUGGCCCAGUUCAAAUUUUGGAACGACGUGAACAGUUUACUAGUCAUGGAUGGCCCAGUGAGCGGCCCCGUUCCACGUUGGGAAAGGAAAAAACAAAAUAACUCGAAUGGAAGUCUCGAUAGCUCGCGGAACAAUUCCUUAAAGCCUUCGCUAUCCUCUUCUGCGUUAAAUUCUACGAAGACCCCAGUAAAAACCAGUGAAAACGAGUAUCAAAAGUGCAAGACCCCAGCAAAAACACCUUCCAGAAAAACUCCGAAAAAGAAGACUCCAACACCAAACAAAGGAUCAAAGACUCCAGGAGCAGAUAGGUUCAUACCAUGUCGAAGCGCUAACAAUUUUGAUUUAGCACAUUUGAAAUUAUCUCUGGAAGACAAUGCUGCAUCAGACAGUCCAACACACAAAGAACUCCAAAGGGUAAUGGCAGAGAAUAUACAUGGUGCUAAUGUAAACCAAAGGAUUCUGUCAUACCAAAAUAAGGCUCCUUCAGCACCUGAAGGGUUUAUUAACCCUAUGAGAGUUAUUUACACUCAAACCAAGACACCUGCAUCUGUAAAGAGCAGCAGUAGAUAUAUUCCCCAAGCACCAGACAGGAUACUAGAUGCGCCUGAUAUUGUAGAUGAUUAUUACUUGAAUUUGAUGGACUGGGGAUCAAAUAAUAUACUAGCAGCAGCUUUGGGAUCUCAUGUUUACUUAUGGAAUGCAGGUACUGGAAACAUUGACCAGUUACUUGAGCUGGAAGGAAAUGACUAUGUCUGUUCACUUUCAUGGAUCCAAGAGGGCCACAUUUUGGCUGUAGGAACAACAAACGGCACCGUCGAGCUAUGGGAUUGUUCUCGAACCAAAAAACUUCGCAUUAUGGACGGCCAUUCUGCCAGAGUCGGCUCUCUAUCUUGGAAUGCUCACAUACUAUCUUCUGGGUGUCGCAGCGGUAGAAUUAUCCAUCAUGACGUUCGAAUGCAACAUCAUUUAGUGACUACUUUGACUGGACAUGAACAGGAGGUCUGUGGCCUAAGAUGGUCACCAGACGGCAAAUACCUAGCCAGCGGAGGCAACGACAACGUCCUGAACAUAUGGCAGACAGUGAGCGGCGGUCACCACACUGAAAAUCAACCGCUGUAUACCUUCACCCAACAUCAAGCUGCUGUUAAGGCACUUGCAUGGUGCCCUUGGCAGUCACACAUCCUGGCCAGCGGCGGUGGCACUGCUGAUAGACAUAUCAGGUUCUGGAACUGCAACACCGGCUCUUGCAUAAAUUCCGUCGACACAAAGUCUCAGGUGUGCGCAAUUCUGUGGUCACAAACAUACAAAGAAAUAGUAUCUGGUCACGGUUACGCAAACAACGAGCUGAUCGUGUGGAAAUAUCCGUCCAUGACGAAGAUAGCAGAAUUGACAGGGCACACAGCGAGAGUGUUGCACCUGGCUGCUUCACCAGAUGGCACUACCGUGUUGAGUGCUGGGGCUGAUGAAACAUUGCGGCUAUGGAGGAUCUUUGAAAAAUCGUCCACUUCUAAAACUAAGGAAGCAGCCAAAGUGAAGGUGAAACCCAGUGCUUUGAAGCAGUGUAUACGAUGAACAUGUUAUUUCACAUUUAAUAUUGUAUCAUAUGACUGAACUUUACUCUAGUAUUACUUAUUAUUUUGUGUCUUAUUUUUAGUAAUGUAUGUUGUAUGUAGUUUAUUGUAUACUUCUAUUUUUUGUAUCAGUUUGGAAUAAUAAAUACACUACUCAUGGAAAAA